AGGAGGAAGAGAAGCGUGUUGUUUGUUUAGGUUUUCGCAGACAAAAUGGGGACUCCUUCCUCCUUUGUUUGUAUUUUAGGACUCUUCGCCCUGCUGUCGCGCACAUCAGCAUCUUCAGAUGUGUUCGAUAGCGUUUUGGGAAGCACCGCAUCUUGUCAUAAAUCAUGUGAAAUGACAUACAGUUUGCACACGUAUCCACGGGAGGAGGAACUCUAUGCCUGUCAGAGAGGCUGUCGUCUUUUCUCCAUUUGUCAGUUUGUUCGUGACAGCGAGGACCUGAAUCAGACCAAAUCAGAGUGUGAAUCAACCUGUCGGGAAGCCUACAAACACUCUGAUGAGCGGUAUGCAUGCAACCUGGGUUGUCAGAAUCAGCUUCCAUUUGCAGAGCAACGCCAUGAGCAGGUACAAUUGGAGGCCAUGGUACCAAGGAUUCACCUGCUGUACCCCCUGACGCUGGUCAGAGGAUUUUGGGAUGAUGUAAUGAGUCAGGCCCAUAGCUUUAUCACUUCCACAUGGACAUUCUACCUCCAGGCUGAUGAUGGCAAAGUUGUCAUUUUCCAGACUGAACCACAAGUCAAGUUUUUUUCCCAGUUUGAACUGGAAAAGGGAGAUAAAGAGGAGGAACAGAAGAGCUUCCCAGGGUUGAGCAGCCCAGUUUACAAAGAAUACCAUCGCACUUUAAUCCAGGAGAGGGACAGAGAUAUGACUGGGGGCCACAGUUAUGAUGAAUACAACCUCUUCAGCUGUCUCUCAAGGAACCCUUGGCUACCAGGAUGGAUCUUGACCACAACUCUGAUCCUGUCUGUGCUGGUCCUGAUUUGGAUCUGCUGUGCGACUGUGGCAACUGCUGUAGACCAGUAUGUACCUGCUGAGAAAUUGAGCAUCUAUGGUGACAGGGACUACAUUAAGGAACAAAAACUAACUCCAUAUCCAGCAUCCUCCCUGCUGAUCAUCACUUCCAAAGGGCCUGAGGAAGAGGCCGGGCCACUCCCCUCCAAAGUGAACCUGGGCCAGUCCAACAUCUAGAAGCCAAAGCUGUGGCAGAGAAGGGACAUCCUCCUGUACGAAUAACCUUUUAGUUGAUUUUUAUCAUCUGGCACAAGACCUGUGCUGCUUGUGGUUUAAACAGGAGUAACUACUUGCAGAGCAUUUUGUAUCUCGAUAUUAUGUCUCGUCUCCCUUUGAUGCUUUUAAAAUUGGAGUGAUGAAAAGGUUUUUUUCUGUAUAUUGGUAUAAUUGAGGCAUUAUAGUAUAGUGAUGGCAGUACAAGGCCAAUAGGUUUUGGGUUUUUCUUCAAUCUUCAUGUGUGCAUGGUGUUCUUGGUGUUUUUAUUUUAGUGAAUAACGUUUAAAUGAACUGCUUUUGACUUGAACUGAUACAGUUUUACCCAAACCCUCAACUUUUGGUAAAAUAGAUUGUGCUACUGUUGCAAACUCUCUUCUGUUUCUACUGCAGUACAUUUCCAGACUAUUGAAUUUUACAAUAAAAUGCUACGCUCUUGACUAAUAGUGACGGUACAUGCAGUAGGUCUUUCCCGCUUCACUGUUGUCUGUUCUCAUAAUGAUGGAUCAGAAUUAAAUACAAUGAAGUGAA